ACAAAAACCACGACAAGUAGAAUCUGCAUUACAAAAAAUGUAUGUACGUUCUGGUUUAGUGUUAUAUCACUGAAAUGUACCACUGACAGAUCUAAUAAGACUGACGUGGCGAAUGGCGUGGUGGACGAGGUUGGCCUAGGAGCCAGUGCUGCAACCGAAAACCCGAGCUCAGUAGUAGCAGCUAUCCCUGCUGCUACUGGGGCUAUUGCUACUGCUGCUGCUGCUGCUGUUGCUGCUAUUGCUGUUACCGCCAAGGAUGAAUGUGUCGCUGAAUCAGUAAGCAGUAGGUGCAAUUGCGAACGCAGCUCUUCUUCCUCUUCAAAGAAUGCUCAGUCACAUACUGGUGGAAUAGCAUCAAUUGGUUUGACGGAUAGUACGAGGCCGAGUUAUGCCCAAGUAGCUCAGCAUAGCCGCGAGCUACCGUGUGCAAAACACAAAGCCGACGAAAAGGAUGAUAUCAGUACGUAGGAUGCCAUGUGAAUUUGCAAGUGAGAGAGAAAUUCAGAGACAUAUAAUGACAGCGUCUGGUACGUCUUCAAAAAAACACAAGAAAAUUUAUUUAAAAAAUGAAAAAAUUUUGCUCAAGCAAAGUUAAUGAUAAUAGUGAAGGCAUUGGAGCUCGUGAAAUUUGCCUCCUAUCGCUUGAAACAAAAUCAAGGGUAGCAAACUCUUGACACAAAAAAAAAAAAAAAAACAAAAAAAAAAAAAAAAAAAAAAAAA